CCGCCUACUAAACAUCGCCCAUGAACUUUCCAAACAACCCAAUAACUUAUAAUAAUAAAUACUGGACACGCUAGUAAAAUAUGGUAGUAACAAUUUGUAGGAAGAAAACCGACGGAAUCUCGCCUAGUAGACCUCGAGAGAGAUUUUCACCGUGAAAAGCGAUUGAGUAAAACGAAACGAUCAAUACCCAUCAAUGGGAGUUUCUGUUGCAACCGGAGGUAGCCAUCGAGUGAAGUAAGCGUGCGUCGAGAGUUCAUAGACCCACUCAGGCUAUUAUUUAAGUUGGUGCAUUUGAAUGCGCGUACCAUCGAAUGUAUUUGCGCAGUCUACAGAGCAAACCUAAGUUCCUCGAUGCACCUUUAGGAAUUUUACGACGUCGUUAAUCGAUCUUUUUGUAUUGCAAAUAGGUAACGACAAUGGGUCACGAAUUGCAUUCGCGAUCUAUGAUUAAUAAUACGUUUAGCGGUACGUGGAUCAACAGAAGCGAAAUUUUCGUUUAGAAGAAGAAUAGAAAAUUAUGAAUAAUUUCGCAGAACUACUAUACAAUAACUAAUAGCAUUAACUUAUAAUUAAUUUACGUACCGUCAUAAGUCUUCUCGCAUUUCCUCUUCGUUUCAUUUUUUUCAAUAUUACUUUACAAACUCGUGUAAUCGUGUAAGAACCUUGUAAACCAGCGGCUGGGUGUAUUUAAUAAAAUGUCGCUGUGGUGGUAUGUGACUUGAAAGUAACACGGGCCCAUAGAGGGUUAAAAAUCGAUUAUCAUUGACAGAAGAUCGUUUUCCCGUGACGUGCGUGCGUUAAUGGGAUACGUGUCGCCAAGCGUGAAACAAUAGCACGUGUUCCUGUCCUCGUUCGAUCCAACGCCGCUAGGAAUCGGCUCCUUCUGCAGUGCUAUAUCCUUCGAGAGAGAGAGGACUCUCCUCUCUGUCAGUGCUUGCUUCACCCUCACGGAUGACACUUUGUUCAGGCUCCCUGCGACCACUUUUACUUACUUUUUCAAUUUACAUUCGCGCGCCACGUUUCGGAGCGAGAUGCUCCAAACGAGCAUCCUCUAACGAGUCUUUCCAUUUCGACGAAAACGAUAAUAUUCUUCUCUCUCUUUUUUUUUUUUUUUUUUUUUUAAACGCGAGUUUUUAAAUAGUAUCUUUAAACACAAAUGGAUGAGCCGGCGACAGUGAGUUCGGAGUUCUCAAGUCGUUUCUUUCGAUCGCUGGAUGGAUUCUCAAUCUGAAACGGCGAAUUCGUUCAGUCGCUAUCGAUCACACGUGAUUUAGUGACAAAAGAGUGAAGAUCGCGCGCAACUAUCGCAAGAAAUGAACGCCGAAGAGAUCAAAGUCGGCUGCUUCCAAGUGGUCAUCGCGGUGCUGCUGGCCAUCAAUUAUGUCAUAGUGGCUAUGAGCCAUGCGUUACCAGUCUUCCAUAAUUACACGCCGAAAUUUUAUUGCCAGGAAAAAAAUGGAACGAGACGAACGCACGGUUGUCGAGAGCUCGUCAACGCGAGCGUCGCGAUCAAUUACACUUCCGGUCUCGAGGAAUCCGCGGAUUCGAACUUGUGCUUCGGAGAUUAUCAAUUCGCAACGGAGUUUGGCGAGAACAGCGUGGUGACAGAGUGGGGUUUAAUUUGCGAGAAACGAUAUUUGACGUUUCUUGGCCCGGCUGUCUAUUACGUGGGACUUUUAAUGGGCGCUUGGAUCGCUGGUCUUCUGUCCGAUCGAAUAGGAAGACUUCCGGUUCAGGCGAUCUGCCUUUAUACUCAGGGUACGAUGGCUGUUGCAAUGUACGUCGUGCAGAAUUACCCGACGUUCCUGGCCCUUCGUGGGCUGCAGGGAGUCUUCGUGCAGGGUCUACAAAAUUCCACGUACAUUCUUUCCCUGGAGUUGUUCCCAGCGAAAGCACGGACUUUCGUCGCAUUAGUUAUGCAAAUCGCAUGGGCGAUCGGUUUGAUGCUUCUGGCUGGGCUCAGCUAUGCCAUACCUGACUGGAGAAUUUUACAGCUGGCUGUUUCGGUUCCUACCGCGAUAACCGUGCUUUAUAUUUGGAUUCUACCAGAAUCGCCGCGAUGGCUGCUGGCAAAGGGCAAAACGACGGAGGCGGAUAUGGCGGUGGAACGUAUCGCGAAGUACAACGUCUGCUGCACCAGAUCUCGAAAGGAAAACAAGGCUAAACCGGAAACAAACGCACCUGAGAACACGACACCUGUUAAACCAGAAAGGAAAUCGCGCGUUUCGUGCGCGGAUUUGAAGAAGUCGAAAACCGAUAGCGAGGAGAAGGAGGAGGCCAUUAAUUUGUUGACCAAAGUCGCGGACGCUGCUCAACAAAAAGUUCAAAAAACGAGUCUGAGAGGAAUUUCAGAGAACCUAGAAAACAAGAUACCCAAAACGGAACCGACACCGAAACCGACUCAAUGCGAGAACGAAGAAAAAGAACAAGAAAAAGAAAAAGGUAAAGAAAAGGAAAAAGGAAGCGCUCCUUCGAGCUCGAAAAGCCAUCGAAAGUCAAAGUCGAUAUCACAGCCGGCUGGCAAUCAACGACUAUCCACGAAAAAUACUUACGACAUUGUAGAACUGAGAACUCCCGCGAAAAAGGAGAUGUUGAACAACGACGAAGAGAAGGCGACCAUCAAAAACGAAGAAAAGUCUAACGGACAAACGGAUCAGGAACUCGCGCAACUGUUCAAGUCGAAACUAAUGAGGAAACAUAGCGUUAUAAUGAUUAUUCAAUGGUUGACUUCCUCCAUGGCGUUCUGCGUUUUUAUGGCACUUAUACCGAACUUUCCUGCCAAUAGACACGUUACCUUCGCCCUGGGAGGAAUAUUAGAAAUAGCAACCUACGUGUUCCUAUAUUUUGUAUUAUCCCGAUACGGUAGACGAGUGCCAAUAUCCGCUUAUCAAUCUCUAAGUGGCGUCAUUUGCAUUGCGAUAGCCGCUAUUAUCAUUCUGACAGAACCGACGUUUGGAAUCGAUCUCGCGAAGACCAUCCUGUUAAUACUCGGCAGGGAAGUCGUAAUGAGCGUGACUUUCAUAGUCUACCUGUACACGAUAGAGAUAUAUCCAACAGUCGUACGGGGCACCUGUCUAGGCUUGUGCACUGUUUUCGCGAAAAUCGGCAGUUUGUGUACACCGCACGUAAUAUCGUCGGAGAAAUACUUUCCAGUCACCGUUGCAUUAAUAAUCGUUGGAAUAUUUAACUUGGUCUCAGGGGCACUGGCUCUACUUUUGCCUGAAACGGCGAACAAAGUAUUACCAGAUGUAGUAAAGGACUGCGAGCUAGCCGCGAAGAGAAGAGAUAAGAAGAGUAACGAGAAUUUAAAUAAUGAAGACACCCACGCGGAUGAGGAUCUCUCGGAGAGGGAAGUACUGAGGGCGAGACUCUUUUCGGAGGAUUGGGUGGACGCUGGAAACGGCAUAUUAGUAAAUUUUACGGAGAAUAAGAGCUCGGAAUGAAGGACGAGCAGUGGAGAACGUGAAAGAAGUACGUAGAUCCCUACUUUAAAUCAAUGGUAGAUAAAACAAUCUAAUUUCAUAGCACUGUAUCAACGCCGGUGAAUGUUAUAGAACGAGAUUGCACUAUUUCACCGUUUUCUUAACACACUAGUUUUAUCGUAAAGAUUCGCUUUUUAUAGUAGCUUUUCUACCGAAUGAAACUACGAGUAUCUGACUGAACAAUCACGGUAUUUUUAACGUUCUUUGUAUUUACUUAGAGUUUUAAGAUAUGCGAUUGUGAUUUACACAUUGCGCCAUUUUCAUUGUUACGAUCGAAUCAAAAGUAGACUAUACGAACGAAGUAAUUAUCGUAAGCAUCUAUCAUUGUGUACUAUAUUCUCCAUACGAACGCACUUAUUGUUUUCAAUAUUUAUUAUUUAUUACAAAAUGUUAAAUAUAAAAAUAAUUAUAGUUAAACAAUCAGUUGUCACUGCCUUAAAUCAAGCAUAAGUUUCACUACGAAAGUAAACGAUUAGUUAGAAUAGCAAAGAGAUUUAAAAGUAUUUUCAUUUUAGCUGUUGAAAUAAUGUUACACGAUAUUUUAUUAACUUUUUUUUAUAUAUAGUGUUCAUACAUUUUUUUUGUAUACCUUCGAAUGAAUACAUUGUAUAUAAAAUGACAAAAUAUAAGUACAUGUAUGAUUAUUCUAAAAAUUAUAAAAAAAAAAAAUAUCCAUGUAAAAAAAAUACAAAAACUUAUCCGAUAAAUUAGAAAAUAACGUGUCAAUAAUAUCAUUUGCGAAAUAACACAUAAUGAAAAGUUUUUGAUUUUGUAACAAAAUAAAUCGAGCGGACUUACUGAGGCUGCCAAACUCCACAUCUUCUAGUUGUAUCUUCAUUGAUGACCUUCCCAACUUAUCCAUUGUUUUGAAGCAUAAAUAGUCAUAAAUAUUUACGAACAGCUAUUCAGGUUUCAGCAUCACUCGUCCAAAAUCAGAUUCUACAAUUGGAGUGGCUUUAUUUCAAUUUCAUACUAAUAGUUUGAUUUGUCUAAUGGUUUAAUUAUUCAAAUUAUUUUUUUUUUGUAAUUAUGAAAGAAUAGCCUUGUAAU